AUGGCAACAGAGGUGCCAAUCCAACCCCGCAAGCUAAGGCGAACAGCGAACGCAUGCGUUGCUUGCCGUCAGAGCAAAAUCAAGUGCUCGGGCAAAGAGCCGUGCGCCAACUGCCAACGUCGUGCUGUAAAAUGCCGAUUUGUGGAAGGAAGCAACAAAAUCACAGUCACGGAAAGUUACCUACAGCAACUGCGACGCCAGGCGAAAGCGCACCAGAGUCCAACGGGCACCAAACGUUCUGCGGGUACAGCCUUUGGGUCUGUAGUCGAGGUCGACGAUGUGUCUGAAGAGCUGGCUUACCCUCCAAGGGAGGAACCAUCUUUACCCCCGAAAACGAUUGACCAUGCACGUAGCAUCUGGACAAGCCCGUUCACCUUACCCUCGAGAACCAUCAAGAAUACAUAUAAGAACAAACGCAACUGGAUUUGGCUAGCCCCUACGUCAGUGUGGUCUUUCACCGCGAGGCUUAGCGUUAUGUUGUCCGAGAAGCUGCAACUCGAAUCGCCCUACACAACCCCGAGCCAGCUCGACCAAGACAUAUAUCCACUCCGUUGGAAGCAGGCCACAGCUGAAGGGCCUCCUGAUAUUAGCGGCUUGCCUUCAGUUGAUCAUGCGCUUUAUUUAUUUGACACAGUUAAAUUCCAUCUUGGUGUGAAAUAUCGUUUCUUUGAUGAACGUACUUUCUUGGGACAUAUUCACGAAUUCUAUUAUGGAGAUGCCGCCCAGAAGGCUACUGAAUCGCGCCUUUGGUUCGUCCAGUUCCUACUUGUCCUGGCAUUUGGAAAUGCAUUUCUCUUGCAGUCAAGGAAUGCAAAAGACCCGCCUGGGUCGAAGUUCUUCGUACGGGCAAUGGCGCUUAUGCCAGACCACGCCUCCCUCUGGAAAGACAGCCUAUUGGCAAGUGAGACAUUGGCGCUGGCUGGGCUCUACUUAUAUUGUAUUGAUCAUCGAGAGUCAGCGCACGUCUAUGUCGGCCAAGCGAUACGAAUAGCUCAGUUGGAAGGUUUGCAUACCGAGCUUCCCGAAGAUGAGCUAGGUGCAGCGACAGUCACUCGGUGUCGCAAUCUCUGGUGGACCUUAUAUAUCAUGGAUCGCCAUCUCUCCUCAUCAUUAGGGCUACCGAUGACGACGCAGGAUAGCGACAUAACCACUUUGAUCGAUCCACCAAGCUCAUGUCCGCAGCGAGAUGUUACAUUAAGUCUGCAGGUCAGACUAUCACAUCUGCUCUCUUCUAUAUUGACCUCCAUUUACAAGAACGAGAAAACACAACUGGGAACCUUCUUGGAGACAACCAGAUCCAUUUUGCAUACAAUGGCUGGUCACGCGCAAGAAAUCGAAAGCAUCAUUCACAUGAAGAAUGAGAAUUCCGUAGAUACGAUGCCCAAAGGGACACGGCAUAUCACAUUGCUAUACCACCAGUGUGUCAUUGUUGCCACACGACCCCUGCUCCUCUCUGUGCUCAAGGAAAGACUAGAUAAGCUUGAUCAUGGAGAAGAAGAUUGGCAGAACUUUUUGGCUCCUACAAAGAGUCUAAUAUCAACGGGGAUCAAGUCAGCUGCCAAAACGCUGCAGAUCUUGACGCAUGAAGACAGUCUCCUGGAGGUCUUCCUUCCUUUUGACUUGGAAUUCACCUAUGCUGCUGCGAUUCACUUAGCGAUGGCAGAUACACUGUUUCCGCACUCUACUGAAGGCCAGAACUACAGUGAGGAAGUACAUGCGAUCCUUGACGAGAUGAUCUACAAAGGUAAUAGGUUGGCUGCGGUGCGGAAAGGCGAGCUGGCACAUCUAGAAACACUUUUCAAGGAUCUCGCAACACGGAUCGAGCGGCGUGGUUUGCAAACUUUAACAUUAUCCAGUCCAACGGAGAACGAGCAGCCCACGCCUUGCGACGGAGAAUAUCAAAUAGGGGGAUCAACGGUACAGACUGAGCCAAUCGAUGUGUCGUUGGUUAGAGACCCAAGCACUUCGCCUGAUGUUCUUCAUCACACGACCAGUGACAUAGAGUUCCUUGAAAAUAUCGGGAUCUCCUCGUAUGAGUUUUUCACCAUCGUCAACCAGAUUGGCAACUCGGACAACUAUAGCCUACUGGAUCCUGCGCAAGUUUGGUGA